GCACACAACAACCAGAGGGAGAACUCAACAAAAAAAAAACAAUUUGUAAGAGUCAAUGAAACUCAAUUGAAAUCAAAAAUCACAUCACCAUUUUUGAGCGGGUCCUCCAUAUUUCAAAAUCUUAUUUUUCACUCAACUAAACCUUAAAGAUGUUAGUUACUAUUUGCUCAAACCCUAGAUUUUUCCCCAUUUCACAGGAAUGAAGAGCUUGAGGUUCUGGUUCAAUUUUCUAAAUUAGGGUUUUAGUUUUCGAGUGAAGAGAAAGGAAUUUUGAAGAUUGUAUCGCAAUGCAGAGCUCAUCGUCAAGCUCAGUAGUAGCAGCACAGCCAGAUGCUAUAUUAGAGUGGCUACAAAAGGAAAUGGGGUAUAGGCCGUUAGGGCCGUACAAUGCUUCUACUAACAAAUCUCAAUUGCCUUCGAUUGACGCAAUUCGCAAGGUUUGUCGUGGGAAUAUGAUACCCAUUUGGAGUUUUUUGAUAAAGAGGGUCAAAUCUGAGAAAACUGUGGAGAGUAUUAGGAAGAAUAUAAUGGUUCAUGGUAGUAGUGGUGGUGAUGGUGAGAGUGGCAAUUUGGUGAAUUUGGGGAAGGAGGGGGUUGGUAAUAGGAGUAAAGGAGGGAGAAGGAAGGAGAAGCUUGCCGUGGCGGUUGGAGAUAGUUUGAGUUCGAGCGGGGGAGUAGAGAGUAGGGAGGUUGCUGUACAAGAGAGAGAAUUGGCUGCUAAGGAAGUUGAGAGGCUGAGGAAUGUUGUUAGGAGGCAAAGGAGAGAUUUGCGAGCUAGAAUGAUGGAGGUUUCUAGAGAAGAGGCCGAGAGAAAGAGAAUGCUCGAUGAGCGCGCCAAGAACAGGCAUAAACAGGUUAUGUUGGAGGCCUACGAUCAGCAAUGUGAUGAGGCAACAAAAAUAUUUGCAGAGUAUCAUAAACGUCUUUGCCACUAUGUUAAUCAAGCAAGAGAUGCUCAAAGGUCAAGUCUUGACUCAUCUGUUGAAGUACCUUGCAGCUUUACUGCAAACAGUGAGAAGGAGGCUGUCUACUCAACUGUGAAGGGUUCUAAAUCUGCGGAUGAUGUUAUUCUUAUUGAAACCACUAGGGAAAGAAACAUCCGGAAGGCAUGUGAAUCUCUUGCAUGUUAUAUGAUUGAGAGAAUACGCAACUCUUUUCCAGCCUAUGAAGGAAGUGGCAUUCAUUUGAAUCCUCAACUUGAAGCAGCUAAGUUGGGCAUUGAUUUUGAUGGGGAAGUACCUGAUGAGGUUAGAGCUGUCAUUGUAAGUUGUUUGAAGAAUCCUCCUCUAUUACUUCAGGCAAUUACCACAUACACUCUACGAUUGAAAACUAUCAUUUCUAGAGAAAUAGAGAAAAUUGAUGUUAGAGCCGAUGCAGAAACCUUAAGAUACAAGUAUGAGAAUAACCGAGUAAUGGAUAUUUCUUCUCCUGACGCGAGCUCACCAUUAAAUUAUCAACUUUAUGGCAAUGGAAAGAUUGGGACAGACAUGCCCUCUAAAGGAACUCAAAACCAACUUCUUGAACGACAGAAAGCUCAUGUUCAACAAUUUUUAGCUACUGAAGAUGCAAUCAACAAAUCUACAGAAGCCAGGGAUAUAUGUCAAAAACUCAUAAAACGCUUGCAUGGAAGUGGUGAUGUACUUACAUCGCACUCACUUGGUGUUGGAGGCACGUCACAAAAUAUGGGCAGUCUCGGGCAAUUCGAGUUGGAGGUUUGGGCCAAGGAGAGAGAAGUUUCUGGACUGAGGGCAAGCUUGAAUACCUUGAUGUCUGAAAUCCAACGGCUGAACAAAUUAUGUGCAGAAAGGAAAGAGGCUGAAGAUUCUUUGAGAAAGAAGUGGAAGAAAAUUGAAGAGUUUGAUGCACGUAGAUCUGAGCUUGAAGCUGUUUAUACUGCUUUACUGAAGGCUAACAUGGAUGCAGCAGCAUUUUGGAGUCAACAACCGUUGGCUGCAAGAGAAUAUGCAUCAAGUACUAUCAUUCCAGCAUGCACUGUGGUUGCAGACAUUGCAAACAAUACGAAAGAUCUUAUUGAUAAAGAAGUUAAUGCCUUCUCCCAGAGUCCUGAUAAUAGCCUGUACAUGCUUCCUUCAACUCCUCAGGCGCUUUUGGAGUCCAUGGGCUCUACUGCAUCUACAGGACCUGAAGCUGUUGCUGCUGCUGAAAAAAAUGCUGCUCUAUUGACAGCAAGAGCUGGUGCUAGGGAUCCAUCGGCAAUUCCAUCUAUAUGCCGUGUAUCUGCAGCCUUUCAGUAUCCUGACGGUCUGGAGGGUUCUGAUGCAGGUUUAGCAUCAGUGCUGGAGUCACUAGAAUUCUGUUUAAAACUCCGCGGCUCUGAGGCUAGCAUAUUGGAGGACUUGGCCAAGGCAAUCAAUCUUGUGCAUAUUCGACAGGAUCUUGUUGAAAGUGGCCAUGCAUUGCUGAGUCAUGCAUACCGCUCUCAACAAGAAUAUGAAAGGACUACAAAGUAUUGUCUGAAUUUGGCGUCUGAGCAUGAGAAAAUUGUCUCAGAUAAAUGGUUGCCUGAACUGAAAACAGCAGUUUUGAAUGCUGAGAAGUGCUUUGAAGAUUGCAAAUACGUGAGGGGUCUGCUCGAUGAGUGGUGGGAGCAACCGGCAUCUACUGUUGUGGACUGGAUAACUGUUGAUGGGCAAAAUGUUGCUGCUUGGCAUAAUCAUGUCAAGCAACUUCUUGCAUAUUAUGAUAAAGAAUUCUUGUGAAUAAAGAAGAUACAUGAAAUUGUUCUGCAGAAUUAGCCUUUACAUUUUGCCACGGUUUUGCUGUGAUUCGAAAGUGCACUUGAGAACUGAUGUCCUGUUAUCAAAUGGUCAAUGCAAGAGAAGACAUCUUUGAGGGUAUUUUUCUACUCAGUGUGCAAGUUGAAAGGCGAUCGAUAUAUUUUUCACAUAAGUUAAGGCACCACACAGUUCAUCGAGCUGCAAAUGGAUAUGAUUGUUAGAUCUUCCACUUGGGAUGCAGGUCGAGGUAUCAUCCAUCGGUUCAGAAGGUAGUUGAGUUGAGGACCUGAGGUAAUCAAAAUUGAUUAAUUGUAUCCUCUAAUUUUGUACAGAAUGGAUCUCUUAAUGUAUCAUAGGUUCUUUGUUGUUCUUGUAUUGCGGGUGGGUUUCUUAUGCAGUUCUGUUACAUGUUUGAGGCUUUUGAAUAAUGCCAUUAGAAGAAUUGUAAUGUAGCAAAUCUGUAUUUGCAGCUUAUUCUGCAUCAUCUGGACAGUGUAUUUUACUUUAACAUUUUAAUAUUUCAUUUUUGCUUUUGGAAUAUAAUAAUAAGAUAUUUAAUUCUAA